UUAAAAUUGCCGAAUUUGAUAACAUGAUACGGUCACUACCCUUGUUCGAAUCUGUUAACGGAGAUUUAAUUAGUAUUGAAAACGACAAAAAGGUUGGUAUCAUAUCUUCAAGAAUUCCUCCACAUGGAAUGAAAGAAAUCGCCGAGGCUACAAAUACGACAUUUGUGAAGAUAAAUAUAAAGUAUUCCAAUCUUUUAAAACGUCUUUCGUCAAGUUAUGACGUUGACCGACUGUAUGCAGAAAUAAUUGUUCCAAAUUUUCAAGCAAUUUCGUAUGAUCACAGACUAAAACAUCUGGAAUACAUCAAAGAUCAUGUUUGUCGAGAUGUUACUGAAACCUCGGGAUAUACAGAGGAAAUUAUUCGAAAUCUUAUGGACAUUCAGCUUAUUAGAAUUGGAAAAAGAGAACGACGCAUAGAAACAAAAUAUUUGUUGAAAUGCUUACUGAUGAUAAAUUCCUUCCAAAGUGUUGCUGACAUUGAUUACCUUCUUGGAUUUAAGGAAAUGGAAAUAUUUGAAUUAACAGACGCAGUUGCAAUAUUCAAAUCAUUACCUAAUUCUAUGCAACCGUCCUUUCUAAGCGAAGUCGUCGUUGAAAGUGUGUUUUUAGAUUCGAUUGAAACUGUACAUUCUCCUGUAUACAGCAAUUUUAGUACGAGGAUUGAACACGAAGGUCGGAUAUUUGCUCGAAAGUUCCGCGAAGGACAAGGCCAUUACCAUUCGUUUGUCUCUGGUGGCAAUCUAUACAUUCCCGUUCCAAAUAUCGGAGAGGCGAGACUAUGGCUACGCCAAGCGAAAACAGACUUUCAAGUCGCUAGUGGUAUGCUUGACAAACACGACGACUCGUUCAAGGGUUUCAACUGGAUUUGUUAUCAAUUACACCAGGCAUGUGAAAAAGCGCUUAAAGCUGCCAGAUUUUCCAAAGAUGCGAACCGAUGUCCGCGAAAGUCACACAAUCUAUGCAGCAUUGCAGAUGGAGUUGAGAGUGAUGACAUUAAAGAAAAGACAAGAGAGUUCGAAUCUCGCCUUAACAUAUCAGGCAGCCAAUACUUCCGACUUCGCUAUCCGGACGCCGUUGGGUCGGAAAAACUACCUUCUGACGUAUUCAGUUCAGAUGAUGCCGCAUUUGCAAAAGAAACUGCUGAGCAUAUUAUAGCGUUGGUAGAUGAUUGCAUAGAGUGAAUUAAUUGAAACAUACAUCAAAAGGAUUACGUCGAGUGAACAGUAUCUAACAAAGGCCAAUUGGAUCGAUGUUUGGUCAUUAAACUUUCGGAGUAAGUGCCAUCAUUCUGUAUUUUAUAAGACAGAUGGGUUAGCUUUCUUUAUUAUGAUAUUUGUUAUGUAUAUGUGGUAAA